GAAGUUGGAAAUAAUUUCCGGUCUGCGUAAAAAAUAUAAACACAGUUGGCGGUAAAGAUGGAGUCCGUACAGGAUGAACCUCUACUCAGCGAUGAAACAAAUCAGGAAUACAGAGUUCAAGUAGCAUCGAAAAAACAAGUAAUCGAGCAGACAAAUAAAUACAAAGACAUUCUGAAGGCAGUUUUCGACGAACAGCCGGACGUUGAAGAGGAAACGAAGCGAACUUUACUGCAGGAGCUGCUGGCGAACUUUGAGGCGGCUGUUCAGGACAACGUGCUGGUGAACGGACAGCCAUGGGAGCAGGCACCGGAUAUCGAAGUGGAAGAUCAGGCUCUUGACCUGGAAAGCCUGCUGGAUGACACCAUAGUUGAGACCACGUGGAGGCGUCGUGCUUACCCAAAACAGAUCUUGCCCCAUGUGGUCCACUCCCUCAAAGCUGAACGUAAACUCAUGGGACUGUACGAGCACGCAGUCAAACCUCAAGAGGUCGUCAAAGAUCCUGAUCAAGAGAGCAUCAUGAGUGAUUUGUCAGCAGUGGCUCCUGGGAUGGUGAAACAGGCCAUCCAGGUCAUAAAGUCAAUCAAAACUCUGCAGAAACAAGCUGAAGGCCUCUGUGAGAUCCUCAACAUGAAAUCAAGUCACGCCACGCUGGAGAUCCACAGAGAAGUGUUUGAUUGUAAUGGCCAAUCAGGUGCCGCUCUGCCUCCUACGAACUCCGCCGCGACAAGGAACAGGCAGCCAAUCAAGAGAGCCGUAGAGGAAGCAGCGGCCACAGGGUGCUAUGUGCCUCUCAGCAAGAAACCUGUGGGAGUGGACACGCCGGAGUGACACUUCCUGCUUCCGUUACCACAGAGCAGUGAGGAGGGCGUGAUGCCUGGACUAAGUUUUUCAGCUCUUAAAGAAUGUAACGACGACUCUUGAGGUUCAUUUAUUUUUAAACACAGUGAAAGAGUUUCUCCAACAUUUAUAUUAAAGAUUCAAUGUCUCGCAUUUGGACAUGAAUGAAUAAAUAAUAAGGGUGAGAAAUUCCUUUAAUCCCCUUAAACAAAGAACUACUGGUUGGCUUUAUGGCUCCAAACCACAAGAGAGCAGUCAAAGUUGGUGGUUAAUCAUUAAUUGGUUGGCUGAUUAUCAUGUUUGAUAUUCAGCAUUUCUCCAGUUAGGGUUUCUGUGAUAAAUUCAUUAAAAAAUGUGCUCUUUGCCUCCUCUGUCUGUUGUCUCGACUCUGUGGUCUGUCUCAGUGUCCCGCUCUGAGACAAGACACUAUGCACAGCACUUGAGUCAGUUGUGCUUCGUCACAUGAUAGGGAUGCGUGAUACGGAUUUUUGUUUCAGCGUAUACGAAAAGUUCAUAACCUACAGCUUAUGUACACCUGAAGGAAACAAAGCCUUCGAUGUGGUUUCUGUGACAAUAAAAAACACUGCCAUGUGUGACUCAGUCUA